AUGGCCGCCGAACAAGAGCAAUUUUUCCAGAUACUGACAACUCUUUUAUCCACCGAUAAUACAAUAAGAACACAAGCGGAGGAGGCAUAUUCCAACUUACCUGUAGAAACUAAAGUCAGUCACUUGUUGGGGGCUAUUCACAAUGCCAAUUUGGGAGAUGAAGCAAGGCAAAUGUCAGCUGUUCUGCUGCGAAGAGUGUUUUCCAAUGAUUUUAUGGAAUUCUAUCCAAAAUUACCACCAGAAAGCCAAACCCAGUUGAAGGAGCAAGUUUUAAUGGCAGUGCAACAGGUCCAGACAGAACAGCUGAGGCAUAAAGUUUGUGAAGUGGUUGCUGAAGUGGCCAGGAAUUUGAUAGAUGAUGAUGGAAAUAAUCAGUGGUCAGAAUUUCUCCAGUUUCUCUUUCAUUGUGCCAAUGAUCCAAAUCCUGUCCUGAAAGAGGCUGCUCUGCAGAUGUUCACAAGUGUGCCAGGUGUGUUUGGCAACCAACAAAACAACUAUCUGGACCUCAUCAAGCAGAUGUUGUUGCAGAGUCUGCAGCCCACUGAGGCAUAUGAGGUGCGUUUCCAAGCUGUACGCGCCGUGGGAGCCUUCAUCCUCAUCAACGACAAGGAAACACAGAUCCUGAAGCACUUUGCCGACCUGCUGGCCCCGCUCCUGCAGGUCACCGCGGAGAGCGUCCAGCAACAGGACGACGACACGCUGCUCAAGGUGCUGAUCGACUUGGCGGAGAACGCGCCUAAGUACUUGCGGCCGCAGCUGCUGCCCAUCUACGAUAUGUGCAUGAAGAUUUUCAGCGAUGCGGGAGCGUUGGACAGCUGGCGGCAGCUGGCUCUCGAGGUUAUGGUUACUUUGGCUGAAAUGGCGCCCGCCAUGGUCCGCAAAAACACCGGCAAAUACAUGGACACGCUGAUCCCGUUGAUUCUUCAGUUCAUGGCGGACCUCGAAGAGGAGGACGGUUGGGCGGAAUCCGACGAAUUAUUAGACGAAGACAACGACUGCAACAACGUGGUGGCUGAGGCUGCCCUAGAUCGACUAGCAUGUGGUUUAGGCGGCAAGAUCAUCCUGCCCCUGGUGACGGCGAGCGUGCCCGCGAUGCUCGCCAGCCCCGAUUGGAAGCAGCGGCACGCCGCCCUGAUGGCCCUCAGCGCCGUGGGCGAGGGUUGCCACAAGCAGAUGGAGGCGAUGCUGCCGCAGAUCAUGGGCGGCGUGCCGGGCGUAAUGGAGGGGGUGCUCAGGUACCUCCAGGAUCCUCAUCCUAGGGUGAGGUACGCGGCUUGUAACGCCGUCGGGCAAAUGUCGACGGACUUCGCGCCCGUGUUCGAAAAGAAGUUCCACGACCGGGUGGUGCCGGGAUUGUUGAUGCUCUUGGACGAUAACGCCAAUCCGAGGGUACAAGCUCAUGCCGGCGCGGCUCUCGUCAAUUUCGCCGAAGACUGCCCCAAGCACAUCCUCAGCGGCUACCUGGAUCCCCUGAUGGCCAAGCUCGAGGGCAUCCUCACCGCCAAGUUCAAGGAGCUGGUGGAGAAGGGCACCAAGCUGGUGCUGGAGCAGGUGGUCACCACCAUCGCCAGCGUGGCCGAUACUGCAGAGACGGAGUUCAUCGCCUACUACGACCGGUUGAUGCCUUGUUUGAAGUACAUCAUUCAGAAUGCCAGCAAAGAGGAGUUGAAGUUGCUUAGAGGUAAGGCGAUCGAAUGCGUCACGCUGAUAGGCAUGGCGGUGGGAUCUGAAAAAUUCAGCGCCGACGCCACUGAAGUGAUGGAUAUGCUCCUUAAAACGCACGGCGAUGGUGCCGAACUACCAGACGACGAUCCGCAGACCAGCUAUCUGAUUUCCGCCUGGUCGAGGAUUUGCAAAGUUCUAGGGAAAAAUUUCGAGCAAUACCUGCCUCUGGUCAUGGGACCAGUAAUGAGAACGGCAGCGAUGAAACCCGAUGUGGCCCUUUUGGACAACGACGAUAUGCAAGGCGUCGAAGGAGACGAAGACUGGCAGUUUGUUUCGCUCGGCGAACAGAAGAACUUUGGAAUACGUACCGCCGGUCUAGAAGACAAAGCGGCUGCUUGCAGUAUGCUCGUCUGCUAUGCCCGCGAACUGAAAGAGAGCUUCGCCAACUACGCCGAAGAAGUCGUCAAACUGAUGGUGCCCAUGCUGAAGUUCUACUUCCACGACGGCGUGCGCAACGCGGCGGCCGAGGCGCUGCCGUGGCUGCUGGAAUGUGCCACUUGCAAGGGCGAGGCGUUCGUCGGCGACAUGUGGCGGUUUAUCUGCCCCGAGCUGCUCAAGGCCAUCGACACGGAGCCCGAGAGCGAGGUGCUGAUGGUGAUGCUCGAUUCGUUGGCCAGGUGUAUCCAGAAGCUGGGACCGACGUACAUCGACCAGGAGUCCAUGACUGAAAUUCUUAGGAUAAUCGACAAGUUAAUGAAGGAACACUUUGAGAGGGCGAGUGACAGACAUCAAAAACAUUUAGAUGAAGACUAUGACGAAGAGGUGCAGGAACAACUCGAAGACGAAGAAUCCGACGACAUUUACGUCUUGAGCAAGAUCAGCGACGUCAUCCACUCGCUGUUCCUCGUCUACCGCGAGAACUUCCUGCCCUUCUUCGACCAGAUAUGCAGCGACUUCGUGCAGCUGCUGACGCCGAAUCGCGGCUGGGCGGACAGACAGUGGGGCAUCUGCGUGUUCGAUGACGUCAUCGAGUUCAGCGGCCCCGCGUGCGCCAAAUACCAGGGCUUCUUUUUGCAGCCGCUCGCUAUGUACGUCAAGGACAAGAGCUGCGAGGUCCGUCAAGCGGCGGCGUACGGCUGGGGCGUCCUCGCCCAAUUCGGCGGCGACCAAUUCGCCGCCGAGCUCGCCAAGAUCCUGCCCGCCCUUGUCGACGUCAUCUCCGAUCCCGAGUCACGUGACCCGCGCCACGUCAACGCCACCGAGAACGCCAUCUCGGCUGUCACGAAAAUCCUCAAGUACAACGCAGGCGCCAUCAAAGCGGACGAGGUGGUUCCGAUGUGGUUCUCGUGGCUGCCGGUCAUCGAAGACGCGGAUGAAGCGCCGCAUGUCUACGGGUUCAUGUGCGAUCUUAUCGAGCAGAAUAAUCCACACGUCCUAGGUGCAAACAAUUCCAAUAUCCCGAGGAUAAUCAACAUAAUCGCCGAGGCAUUCUUCAGAGAAGCGAUAGAGCCUAGUAAGCCUGAAGGCUUCAGGAUGACCAACAUCGUGAGGCAGGUUCAAUCGAACGAAACAUUUUUCCAAAGUGUGGUUCAGUCCUUGGCGCCGGAAUUGCAGCAAGCGCUACACAUAGCGUUACACACUCCUCCCCCCUCUUAG